CAUGGCGACCUGGUUAGUAAUCGGCAUUUUGGGACUUGUCGUCAGUAUUAUUUUCACAGUCCUCUUCCUAAUCGCGUAUUCUGGUUUGUUUCACAAUAUUGAGAUAAAAGCGGGCAAACCACCGUUCAAGAACCUUCGUAUUGCGUAUAAAUGUAGGAAGGGGCCUUACAAAAACGCGGGAGAUCUAUUCACGGAGUCAGCGAAGUUGGCUCCUGGUAAUCGAUGCCUGGGUGUUUAUUAUGAUGACCCUCAUCAGGUUGCUGCCGAGGAGCUACGUUAUAUCGUUGGUGCAGUUCUGGCUGAGGGAACUGAGGAACCUGACAAAAAAUUAGAAGCGAAGUUACUUGAAAAUGGAUACAAAAUAGCUACGCUACCUAAUAUAGACUAUGCUGUAACCACAUCAUUUCCUUUUGUCACUGCCAUAUCUAUUUACAUUGCCAUUUUCCGAGUGUAUCCUUUGCUUGGGGACUACGUUAAGAGACAAAAACUUUGUGCUCGUCCAGUUUUAGAAAUGUACUGCGAUGACGUGAUCCAUUUCUGGGCACCAUUAGCUAAACAAGAUGAGUUCUACGUCGCUGGCAUUGAUGUCAUUCAGGAUGAAAUGGAACAGGAUGACGAUGGAGGAAAACUUAAAGAAGGGGAAAAGAUUGUUAGUGGCGGCGAUCCCAAUGAGAAAACACCUUCUCUAAGUGGAAGUAGUGGUAUUUCAGGAAAUGGAAGCACUUCGGGGAGUGGAAGUGCUUCGGGAAGCGGAAGCGAAAGUCCUUUUGAAGAAUUGGAUGUAACAGAAGAUUUUGAAGAGGAAAUGAGAAAGAUGCAAGGUAAUGAGCAACAACUAAUAGAUGGAGUAAAAGAUGAGAAAGAAGAUGGAAGUGAUGACAGAACUGGAAUAGAAGUAGAACAGCCGGAGAAAUAAUAAGCAUCACAGAAUCAUAAGUGUUCGAAAAUGAAGAGACGGAUAGUUGAGACAACACACCUGGAUGUACAUCUUAAUUGUUGCUACCCAUGUCACUGGAGACAGUUCAGACAAAGUAGUUUACCAUUCAGAAGCACUAUAGAUAACUGUUAUUAUUAAUCAUCUGCCAAUAAAGCUCCAUAUGUUGCUGCAUGU